AUGUUUAGCAUCCGUAAGAGACAAACCGUUGUCUGGGUACUAUUAUUCUCCCUAGUGAUAUAUUGGAAACAUCUCUUAAUGGCUACUACAAGACCUGUUGUUAUUGUCGGUACUGGUUUGGCAGGAUUGUCAGCCGGUAAUCAGUUGGUAAAGCACAAGAUACCCGUAAUUCUUCUCGACAAGGCAUCCUCCAUCGGUGGUAAUUCUAUCAAGGCAUCUAGUGGUAUUAAUGGUGCUUGGACAGAAACUCAAAAGAGGUUAAAUGUACAAGACAGUCCUGAGCUUUUCCUACAAGAUACCAUUAGAUCAGCUAAGGGGAAAGGUGUUGAACCCUUGAUGGAAAAAUUGACAACAGACGCUGCAUCUGCUAUCCACUGGUUACAGGAUGAAUUUAAGCUCAAAUUAGAUCUGUUGAUGCAAAUUGGUGGUCAAUCAGCCCCUAGAACCCAUCGUUCAUCGGGUAAAUUGCCCCCAGGUUUUGAAAUAAUCCAGUCUAUGUCAAAGGCUCUGCAAGCACAGGCUGAAAAGGACCCAAGUCUAGUCAAGAUUUUACUAGAGUCGAAAGUUGUUGAUGUUUCAGUCGAUGGUCGUGGUAAAAUCUCUGGCGUCGCUUAUGAGGACUCUAAAGGCAAUACUCAAAAGAUUGAAACAGACAACGUUAUCUUCUGUUCUGGGGGAUUUUCACGCUCUAAGGAGAUGCUAGAGGAAUACGUUCCUCAAUAUACAAAGAUUCCCACCACUAAUGGUGAAGCAACCACCGGUGAUGGUCAGAGAAUAUUGUCUAAAUUGGGAGCUGAUCUCAUUGAUAUGGAUCAAGUUCAAUUGCACCCAACUGGUUUCAUUGAUCCUAACAACCGCGAUAGUGCCUGGAAAUUUUUGGCUGCUGAAGGUCUCAGAGGGCUUGGUGGUAUCCUAAUCAACCCUGCUACAGGUAGAAGAUUUGUAGAUGAAUUACAGACAAGAGACUAUGUUACUAAUGUCAUCAGAAGCGAAUGUCCUAAGGAUGACAACAAGGCCUAUUUGGUAAUGAGUGAAGCUACCUACCAAGAGUUUAAGAACAACAUGGAUUUCUACAUGUCAAAGAACUUGUUAAGAAAAGUUACUAUUGAACAAUUGGUCAAGGAGAACAAUUUACCCGUUACUGUAGCUGAAUUCGUUCAAGAGUUAAAAGAAUACUCUACUGCCAAGCAAGAUAAAUUCGGUCGUAGCUUGGUAAUUAACACUUUUGGUGAUCAAGUGAACCCAUCUACUGAAGUAUACCUUGGUGAAGUUACGCCAGUGGUGCAUUUCACCAUGGGAGGUGCCAAGAUCAACCAACAAGCCCAAGUUGUGGGUAAGGACAAUAAGCCUCUCGCUCAAGGUCUUUACGCAGCAGGUGAAGUUUCUGGAGGUGUUCACGGUGGUAAUAGACUGGGUGGUUCGAGUUUAUUGGAAUGUGUAGUAUACGGUAGGGCUGCUGCAAAGGAUAUUGCAGGCAAAUAA